AUGUCAUCGUGGUACUCGAGGAUCCUCACCAACACCACCUCCCAGAUCUCGAGCUUGCAGAGCCGACUGCUGCAGAGCGAAAAUGACGGCGACACCGAGGACGACACCCACGUCUGCAGAGUGCUGAGAGCCUACUACACCGAGAAGGGCCGUCCGUUUCCGGGCUGGCUACCCCCCGACCCAAAGGCGCCGCCGCCAGCGGCCCCCGUCUACGCUCAGCCUGCCAACCAAGUCGGCUCGCGAUACGGAGGUCUACAGCCGCAGCAGCAGCCUGGUCCUACCACGGGACUCAGCUCGCUGUGGGAUAGCCACGGUGGGGCACAACCGCGGCAGGAUACUAUGAGCCUUCGGCAGGGCCGCGGCGCCCCGCCCCCGAUGCGAGGCGGCGAGCAGCCGGCGCGACUGAGCCCUUUCGCGAGGGCCGGUGAUAGUGGGCGAGACGACGUGCAGGCUCGGCCUCUACCUAGCCAGCGGGCAGGAAGCUACCAGUCGAGCGCGGCAUACGGACGAGAGGCAGUGAGCACACCGCCCGGUAGCUCGGGUGGAGGAGGUGGUGGCGGUGGUGGUUCAGCACAGGACCGGCUUAAGCAGCGACUUUGGGGAGGUGCGAGAACGACGAGCCCGGCGUCCGGGGGUAGCCAGGGACCUUUCCAACCACCGGCUCGAGGUGGAUCGGGUGACUACGAAGAUCGAUUUGCUCCUGGGGGCAUGUACGAUGGAGGCGGAGCAGGAGGCGGAGGCGGCGGCCGACCGACAGGACUUCCAAGCGGACCAAGACGAACUGGACUUCCGAGCGGUCCUCGAAUGCGAUAA